CUGUAGCGAACGGCGGGUGGAGAACAACGUAAAAGAAAACUGAACGAAGCAUUUGCAAUUGCAGCAGCAGCAGCAGCAAGAACAACAACACAGCUGCACCGAGAAAACUGAACGAGCCAGUGUGAAAUUGUUGGCAAAAAAAAAAAAAAAGAAACAAACAGUUUUAACGUAUUUAACACAACUAACCCAAAAAAAAAAACAAAAAAAAAAACGAAAAGCAAAACGAGAAAUGGAUUACAAGGCCGUGCCGUGCGUUGUGCCGCGCAGCCCCUUCGAUGCGGCCAGCGAUAGCCAGGAGCUGCGCGCCGCAAUGCGUGGCCUCGGCACCGAUGAGGAGCAAAUAAUCGAGGUGCUCACCUCACGUAGCAAUGCCCAGCGCCAGUUAAUUAGCGCCGCCUACGCUGCAGAAUUCGAUAGAGAUUUGAUUGAUGAUCUGAAGGAUGAGCUGGGCGGCAAGUUUGAGGAUGUGAUUGUGGCGCUGAUGAUGCCGCCCGUGGACUAUCUGUGCCAGCAGCUGCACAGCGCCAUGGCCGGCUUGGGCACCGAGGAGUCAACACUUGUCGAAAUUCUCUGCACCAAAACCAACGAGGAGAUGCAGCAGAUUGUCGUCAACUAUGAGGAGAAAUAUGGACGGCCGUUGGCCGAACAAAUGUGCAGCGAAACGUCCCGUUUCUUUAGACGUUUGCUAACGCUGAUUGUGACCGGCGUGCGAGAUUCGUUGGAUACGCCCGUGGAUGCGGCACAGGCCAAAGAUCAGGCGGCACAAUUGUAUGCCGCUGGUGAGGCUAAAUUGGGCACCGACGAGGAGGUCUUCAAUCGCAUCAUGGCCCAUGCCAGCUUCCCCCAGCUGCGACUGGUCUUCGAUGAAUACAAGGAACUGUCCGGCCAGACCAUCGAGCAGGCCAUCAAGCACGAAAUGGCCGAUGAGCUGCACGAGGCCAUGAUGGCCAUCGUGGAGUGCGUACAGUCGCCGGCGGCGUUCUUUGCCAAUCGCCUGCACAAGGCCAUGGAUGGGGCCGGCACCGACGAUGCGACGCUUAUACGCAUCAUUGUCAGCCGCUCGGAGAUCGAUCUGGAGACAAUUAAGCAGGAGUUCGAGCGCAUCUAUAAUCGUACGCUGCUCAGCGCCAUUGUGGACUCGGAAACGUCGGGCGACUACAAGCACGCUCUGGCCGCGCUGCUGGGCGGCGCCUAAGCAAAACCUGGCCAAAAGCAAAUCAACUAUACGAAAUUAUCAUAGAUGCUAUUUAGCCAAUUAUAGUAUUUACGGUGUCCUUUGCGCAGGAUGCUCGCUUUUAAUGUUUGUGGCAAUAAAUUACACACGCUAAACACUAAA